UUAUAUCUAUGUUUAGUCCAUUUUGGAGUAAACUCCUGAGCCUGGCUGCCUCUGCCUUCACGCCUCAGCAGGAGCAGCAGCAGCAGGAGCAGGAGGAGCAGCAGAACGGAGACGAACUCAGAGGAACCGAGAAGAGCUGAGAGGAUAAACACUAUGCGCUUUCAUUCCUGACUCUUCGCCAUCAUGUGUUUUGAAUGCACUGAGUUGUUGUGGAUUACUGUAUGAUGAGCAAGAGGUUUGGAUUUGUACAGCACCAUGGCCGCUCUGCUCAUCGCCCUUCUGCUCUUUCUGUCUGUGGGAUACAUGUUCAUCCUGAUCUGCAGAUGGCUCUUCUGCAGGCUGGCGGUGCGAUUCUUUCAUAACGUCCUGAAAGCAGAGUUGAAAAUUAAAUCGUUGGGUCUCCUUUCACUUAGAGGAGUCAGCGUACAGUUCUUGUCUCAGCAUACACUGGAAAUAGACAGAAUAUGGAUUUCAAGCAAAUUAUUCAACCAGGACUUGCCGAGAUACUUGGCACUAUGUGUGGGUGAGACUCGGGUACGGAUUGACCUGCAGGAGCCUCUCAGGCCACAAGCGACCCAGAAUCCGGAUGGAAAUCCCAGCAAGUCACCUGUUAGUCCUUCAACACUGCGCUCUUUGUCCCAGAUGCUGUCACUUCAUGUUGGCUCUUUGAACGUGAUGGUUCUGAACCUGCUGCUGCCGGAGUCCCUCUGGCACAUGACAAGCACCGCUAUAACUCUUCUGCUCGAUCACCAGUCCAAGAGGUUGGCCUGGGAUUUUACUGUGGGACAGAUCAGCAGUAAAGUUUUAAAAAGCAGCAGGCUGCAGGACACGUGUCUGGCGGAGGUGUCUCUGGGCUUGGCUGUGAGUGGUGAUGUGAGCUUGCCCGACUUGCGCCCUGGCCAGCUGGCACUCAGCGUGAGGACGCUGUUGGCAGAACUGCAUGAAGGACUCUUCCAUUCUCAGCUGCUUCUUCCGAAAGCAGGUUCUAUUACAGAGACUGAUACUCCUGCACUAAAAGAGGAUGCACAAGAACAUGCAGAAGAUGAGUAUUUCGAGGUGAAAGCCAUAGAGAAGGUUUACCGUACGAUUCCCCAGAAGGUCAAUGUGGAGUUUGAGAACACUAACAUAACCCUCUCGAUGCACAGCCAGAAGCGGCACCUAAACUGGACACUGAAAUCUUUAAAGCUGGACUACGACUGUGAUGAGGAGCAACUUCCCCUGAAAGGGCUUGCUCCUGAACUCAAAUUCCCUCACAGCCGUGUAGAUCUCUUGCUGGAGGAUGGUCUUCUUCUUUCACAAAGCCGGCAACGGAUUAUAUGUCUCACGUCACUAAAAACUGCGCUGCAGGUGACAUCUUUAGAUAUCUGUGGCUCAGUGACAGUCAGCACGUGCAUCAUCCACUACCGCCAGCAGGAGUUCUCUCACUGGCUAGACUUGUUCCCAUGGGAACAGCUCAUUCAUAGGAAGGCCACUCACCGGAAAAAGCGUUUUCCUCUCCUGGACGUUCCUGUGAGAUUCAGCUCUACUGUGUCAAAUGUUAAUGUGUCUAUUCAGCUGGGAGACACUCCCCCCUUCGCUCUGGGUUUUAUUUCUGUCAGUUCAGAACUGCAGUAUUUCGUGGAUUCCACGAAACAAGACAAAAGCAUGACACUGUCCUUGGACCAUUUUUGGUGGAGGGUGGGCCAAGGCUCUCACAUCCAGCAAGCUCCUCAUCCACCAGGCAAACAUGUGUGGGGCGAGGCAUUCAUCGUGGACUCUUUCACAAUGCAGGGCAGCUACAGUAAUUCCCAGAGUGUGGACUCCAGUUCCUCAGCCAGUGUCUGCGUGGAGUCUAGUUUGCAGGGCCUACAGAUGGAGCUCUCUGAGACCUGUGCUCUGUGCCUCUCUCGCCUUUUCUCUGUCUUUAACCUGGGCCAAGCUCAAAAUUCACUCGCUCCGGCUCCGUCCGUUUCACAAGAGUCAGCAUCUCAAUUGCCUCCAGUUUUGAAACUUCAGCUCAACCUGCAGGAUGUCAACAUGUUCACGCUCUCCAAUGUAGCAGGAGCUGUGGUAUUUCGGAUGGAUAAAGUAGGAGCCACUAGCUCUGCUGAGAGCUUACAAGUAUUGGUACACGGUGUGGCUCUGUCUAUACUAAAGUCACUCAGCGAGAGCACUGAGCCGUGCCACCCUGCAGACCAGGCCUGCAACCCUGUUGUCAGUCUCAGCAGCCUCACCGUGGUCUACCUGAACACCAACCACACACUGGAGAUGAAGAGUAAAAAUGCUUUGGCCCUGCAGUGGACUCCAUCUGACCACAUGUUUCUGUAUCAGCAUGUCUGUGAAAGUCUUAGCUGCUGGAACGCUCUACAUGCAGUGCUAGGCGUAAAUCAGAAAGAAGUCACCUUACCCUCUCCACCCUCUUCUGCUUUAAAAAGCCUCAGCAUGCGUUUUGUUCUGGCCAGUACCCAGCUCACAGCACAUGUCGCCGAGAACAACUUCGUUAUUUUGCGAGCUGAGGCUCUGUCUAUUUCCAAGAAGCCUGGAGCUACUCAUCUCAAAUCUCCUCAGGUGGUGCUUAACUUCGAUGGCAAUGACAUUUUUACAUUCUCUGAGCCAGAGGUGAACAUGUUUGAUAAGUCAGAUGAGCGACAGCAGCAUCGCAAUCGCUUCUCGUUUCUGUCAGCAACACACAACCGUGCCUGGCUGUUUUCUUUCCCGGUGCUCACUGUGGAAUUUCCUUACCAGUACAACUUCUCCAGCACUUUUGACAAGGCAGUCAGUGUCCAGAAAUGGCUGAAGAGCCUCCACAGAACCGCUUCCACCGAGCCUGAGCGCCUUACCCCUGACCUCUUCUUUAACAUAGACCAGUUCUCCUUCGUCUUCCUGGAUGACGUGUUCGAGAUCAAACUGCGGGACAACUAUGAGCUGAUGAAGGAUGAGAGUAAGGAGAGCGCCAAACGCUUGCAACUACUCGAUCGCAAAGUGGCCGAGCUGCGCAGGAUGCACGGAGAACUGCUGCCAGCACGCAAGAUCGAGGAGCUGUACGCCUCGCUGGAGCGCAAGCACAUAGAAAUCUACAUCCAACGCUCACGUCGCCUCUACGCCAGCACUCCGAUGCGCAAGGCACUGCUCACGUGGAGCGUAACAAAAUUUGAAAUGGUGGCUUUGGCUGAUCACUCGCUGCACGGGCCUGAGCGUAUGCGUGAGCUGCUCUGUGAGAUCGACUCUGUCAGCCCCUUUCCCAGAGAUGGACUGCCUCUAGUAGUGCAGUGGUGUCGUGCUGUCUCAUUCAAAAUGAACGCUUUUUUGGUGAGAAUCCGGGAUUACCCACGAUACCUGUUUGAGAUUAGGGACUGGGAGAUGUCGGGGCGUCUCAUAGGUACAGAGCAGGACGGUCAGGUGCGUGGACGGCGCAAGGAGGUGGUUCAACUCGGACAACCCUGGGGAGACGUGACCGUUUACCGUAACAUGCCUUCACUCAAAUUGUACUAUGAUGUCACUUCAAACAUAUCACUGUAUACCAUUGUAUGGGGGCCAUGCUGGGACCCAGCAUGGACUCUGAUUGGCCAGGUAGUGGAUUUACUGACCAAGCCCACUGCUGACCCUUCUCCUCUACUGGCUUGGUGGGAUAAAAGUAGGUUGCUCCUGCAUGGACGCUGGUGCAUGGACAUCGAUCAAGCCAACCUGCACCAGCUUGCCACCGAGGACCCCUAUAACACUACAGAAAACAUGCACUGGGAGUGGAACAAGCUCAACUUUGACUGGAACCCUGGACAGUUUGUCUUUAAGGGUGACUUGGAUGUCAAUGUUAGGACUGCCUCAAAGUAUGAUGAUAUCUGUUUCCUUCACCUUCCCAACCUGUGUAUGACGCUGGACCUGCAGUGGCUUUGCCACGGCAACCCACAUGACCACCACUCAGUAAUGUUGUGCAGUGCAGAGAGCGUGGCUGAUGUCACCUCAGGACAACCACACGACUCCUAUAGGGCCUUCCGCUCAGAAAACCUCAACCUCUCUAUUACAAUGGACCUGAACCAGAACAGCGGCACAGAGCCCAGUCAGCCUCGCAUACUUCUGUAUAGCAGCACUCUGCGCUGGAUGCAGAACUUCUGGGCCACAUGGACCAGUGUCUCACGGCCCAUCUGCAGAGGAAAACUCUUCCACAGCCUCCGGCCCACCCGCAAGAAGCUGGGCCAGCACUACAAACAGCUGUCCUAUACAGCAGCAUUUCCUCAGCUGCAGGUUCAUUAUUGGGCAUCUUUUGCUCAGCAGCGGGGAGUUCAGCUAGAGUGUAAUAAGGGUCAUAUCUUCACCAGAGGAGCACAAAGGCUGAUACCUCAGGCUGGCACGGUGAUGAGGAGGCUGAUCUCAGAAUGGAACGUGACUCAGAUGGUGAGCGAGCUGUCCUUGGUCACGGUGCAUUUGAUGUCCUCCAGUUCAGACGAAACAGCUGACCACCAGAUCAACGCACAGGUGAAGAAGACCCAUUUACUCAGCCUGUCUUCACUCAGCUAUCAGAGACAAAGCAACCGCAUGGAAGAGGAAGUCAGUUUAAAGAGCGAGUUCAACGCCUCACACACACACAAGCUGUGUUUGGUGGAUCUGCGUGCUUCAUGGACUGCCACCAACAGGAAUAUUGCCUUUGGUUUGUAUGAUGGUUACAAGAAGGCAGCUGUACUGAAGAGAAAUUUGUCCACAGAGGCACUGAAGGGCCUGAGGAUCGACACACAACUUCAAGCUAAGAAACUUAAACGCUCCAUGUCCACCUACACACCUCACACUGCUCUUUCUCCCCCGAUUGCACCUCCUGCCAAUCGCACAGAGAAGAACCAGAAUGAAGGCACAUCCAUGCUGCAGAAGCUGAUCGAGGAGACGGAUAAGUUUGUGGUGUUUUCUGAAGAGGACGCUGGAGUGAGUGACCAGCUGAGCGGAAUUGCCGCAUGCCAGAGAGACGACGUGUACAACCACAACUGGUGCAUUGAACUUGUCAACUGUCAGAUGAUGCUGCGAGGCACUGAGACAGCAGGGUGUGUGCUUGUUUCGGCUGCGAAAGCUCAGCUGCUGCAGUGUGAACAUCAUCCAGCUUGGUAUAAUGAUACACUGAAGCAGAAGACCACUUGGGCCUGCUCACUGGACUGUAUGCAGUAUUUUGCCACCAUGGAGCCCAAUCCUUCAGAACAGGAGGAUGGGCAAUUGUGGUUAGAGGUAAAAAACAUUGAGGAGCACAGGCAACGGAUCUUGGACUCUGUGCAGGAACUGAUGGAGAGCGGGCAGGCCGUGGGAGGCAUGGUCAGCACCACUACAGACUGGAACCAGCCGUCACAUGUGCAGGAGACUCAGCAGGUCCAGCGCAUUAUCUCACGUUGCAGCUGUCGCAUGUACUACAUCGGCUACAGUCACGACAUUGACCCAGAGUUAGCUACUCAAAUCAAACCUCCAGAAAUACGUGAUCAACAUGAAAAAGAGGACCUGCUUAAGAAACAGGCUGGUGCAGUAGAUACCUUCACCCUUAUUCAUAAUGAUUUGGAGAUCUCCACCAACCCAGUGCAGUAUGCAAUGAUUCUGGACAUAGUCAACAACCUCCUGCUACACGUGGAACCCAGACGCAAGGAGCACAGUGAGAAGAAACAGCGUGUGCGCUUCCAGCUGGAGAUCUCCAGCAAUCCUGAGGAGCAGCGCAGCAGCAUUCUUCACCUGCAGGAAGCCGUUCGCCAGCAUGUGGCUCAGAUCCGUCGACUCGAAAAGCAGAUCUACUCCAACAUAAGGUCCCAACCUGAGGAACUAAGAGGAGAUGAGCUGUCUGACAUCAACAUGCGCCUGCAGAACCAGCUCAAUCAGGAGAAGACUGACCUGCAAAUGAAAAGUGAGGAGCUCAACAUCCUCAUCAGAUGUUUCAAGGACUUCCAGCUGCAGCGGGCGAAUAAGCUUGAACUGCGAAAACCUCCAGAAGACGUGAGUGUGGUGCGUCGUACCGAAAUCUAUUUUGCUCAGGCACGCUGGUGUCUCACGGAGGAGGACGGCCAGCUGGGUAUCGCUGAGCUCGAGCUGCAGAGGUUCAUGUACAGCAAGCUGAACAAAUCUGAUGACACGGCAGAACAUCUUCUGGAACUUGGCUGGUUCACUAUGAAUAACCUGCUUCCCAAUGCUGCUUAUAAGCAUGUCAGGGUGGUGUUGCGUCCUCAGAGCGCCUGCCAAUCAGGACGCCAGCUUGCCCUCCGCAUCUUCAGCAAAGUUCGUCCCCCUGUGGGCGGGAUUUCAGUCAAAGAGCAUUUUGAGGUCAACGUGGUCCCACUUACCAUUCAGCUGAUGUACCACUUCUUUAAGCGAAUGAUGGGGUUUUUCUUCCCCGGAAGAAAUGUUGAGGAGGAAGAAGUUGGAGAUGAAGAGGAUAAGUUACGAAUGGUCACCACAGGUGUUGUAAAACCACGGCAACUAUCUGAGGACUCAAUAGGAGGGCUGGGCCCCAGUAAAGGAGUCACCCAGGGAAUUAAUCGCACAUCCGGGGUCAGGAGGUCAUUUCGUAAACCACCAGAGUAUCCUAUUGAUGAUAUUGAUAAAAUGAAAGAGAGAGCUGCAAUGAACAACUCGUUCAUCUACAUAAAAAUCCCUCAGGUUCCCCUUUGUGUCAGCUACAAGGGUGAAAAGUCCAGUGUUGACUGGAAGGAUUUGAACCUGGUGCUGCCCUGUUUGGAGUAUCACAACAACACCUGGACGUGGCUGGAUUUCGCCAUGGCUGUGAAAAGAGACAGUCGAAAGGCUCUGGUUGCUCAGAUGAUUAAAGAGAAGCUGCGUCUGAAGCCUGCCUCGGCUUCCGAGUCUCGUGGAAAAGCAGCAGAAGGAAAGUCUGACAGCGGCCUGAAGCAGAUGGAGGAUGAGAAAGCGCGGCUACUGAUCGGCCUCAGCACCACAGACAAGAGCUCCGGCAAGAAGAUCUUCAGCCGCAACAAGUGAUUCCUUUCUGACGAUACAACAUUUUUUAUUUUUAUUUUGGUGGACCAUGAUGAAGUGCUGAGCAAAGCUUUCGAUUUUAACUGUAUUUCAAGUAGAGUUAUUGAGACUUUGAGGUCCAUCCUGGCUGUGGGUUUCUUACACCCUGAGGAGACAUCCUCAUGUGUCUCAGUGCUGAUAGAAUUAAGGCCAGAUUGAUCAUCACCCUGCUGUUUUUUUUAAGGGAUUAUUGUUCAAUUCUCACACACUCUUUUGUGCCAUAAGUGUUUCACAUUUUAUCGUAGUUCACUGCAUUAUACACGGUCUUUACUUAUCAGGAUAAACAUUUCAGCGAGCCCUCAGGUGUUUAAAAUGUUAGAGUUGUGUUUAUGACAGAAGCAAAGUAUCGAAUGCACAAAAUAGUUGUGUUUUAAUGACUGCCAACAUCUCUCCUGCUGGCCCAGGAGAUCCUGCAGAGUCUAACGGAGGGUAUUGCUCCACAUUUUAUGCACUUCGAAAAAACCAAGAGGGAUCAGCAAUGGGUUUCACUCCAGAGGUCUACUUAAUAUAAUAUUUCACGUAGCUAAAAAUGCAUUUACAUUCACUUACCUAAUGCCUUGACCACUUAACAAGUUGCACUGUCACUGAAAAGGCCCUUAAGAAUCGAUUCUAUAAAUAUCUAACUGUAAUUCCAGAAAGUAGCAGGUAUUUAAUAUAAUAUUAUUGUUGCUCUAAGAUUUACUGUACUAACAUUUGUGCAAUAUCAUGACACAAAGUAAAAUGAAUAUCUGUUGA